AUGCAAAUGGUCAAGGAUGUUCUAGCCAACAGUGAUAAAGUUUCAGAGGUCCUACAAGAGUCUACUCAUCAGUUCAACCUGCUUACUUCACCCACCUUCCUACCAAAGGUCAAGGAUCAAGGGAAAUUCACUCUCCCUUGCACACUUGGGCAUCUUGAGAUUGACAAUGCCUUAGUGGAUUCUGGAGCAAGCAUCAAUCUGAUCUCUCUCUCCAUGGCAGAGAAGCUAGGCAUAGCUGGAGCCUUGCAGCGCCCUACUACUUCAAUCAUGUUUGGAGAUGCAACUUCUAAGUCUCCUCUUGGAGUGUUCAAGAACUAUCACUUGAAAAUUGGAGAAUGCAUCAUCCAAACUGAUCUCACUGUGAUGGAAAUGGAAGAAGAGAAGGAUCUGCCUCUGUUAUUGGGAACCCCUUUCCUUAGUACAGUUGGCGCUUCAAUAGACUUUCACAAGCAAGAAGUGAUCCUUCACAAGGUGAAUAGUUUGGUGUCAUAUCGCUUGCAGCCUAGAGGGUUGACAAGGAACCAAGAGUUGGGAAGGAUAAGGAUGAGAGAGGACCAAGGAUUGAGAAGCCACGUCUUGAGAGGGCUAGAGUUGAGAAACCACGAUCUGAUAGGCCAAGAGCUGAGACUUGUUCAAGCCCCUUGUGUGCUUGAUGAAGAGAGCCUUCAAGCUUUGUUUGAUGAGCCACUAGGAAGGGCUCUAAAAGAAGGGGAGGAUGCAGCCUCUAAGGCAAGACCAGGAGAUAAAAGAAAGGAUCCACCAGCUCAGGCCCCUUCAGUCAAGCCAUCUCAGCUCACAAUGACUUUGUUCCCCACCAAGUUUGAAAAUGGGAAGAUUGAGUACAAGAUAAGGUACAAGGGGAGAUCAAGGCCAUUCUCUAGAGCCAAGGCCUUGGUGACUUCAGAACAGUCCAGGGACCCAACCAAGCUAAAGGAGCUUCUGUCUCAAGUCCUCACUAUCACCCUUGAUGGUGGGACUAGCUCAACCAAUGCCUAA